AUGAAUACAGGAUAUAUUCAAGUCGUUUUUUUAUUUUUAAGUUUAUUCCUAUAUGUAAAUAAUCAAGUCCUUGCAACUGAACCUAAAGAAGCCAUUGUCGCUAUACACCAAUAUGCUAAACGUAGUAAUGCUCGACGAAAUGCUGUAUUAAUGAAAACUAUUUCCCCAUCUAUUUUUGCAUCUGAAAUAUAUGAACAAAACAAAGAUCUAUUAUGUACAAAUCAUGAUGAAGCUCGAAAAGCAGCAGAAUUUAUGGAAAAAGUUGUAGCACAAUUUCUAUGCUAUACAAAUAAUAAAGAUGGUUAUGUUUUAUCUAGAAAAUAUGAUAAUGAUGCAUUUUUAUAUUUGAUGAGACAUGAAAACCAUACAAACAUUGAAAAACUUAAUAUUAAAUUUCAUAAUCCAAAUAAGUAUGAUGAAAUAAUAAACACACUAUGGAAUCCCAAUGGCAACAAAUCUUUCGGUUACACCUAUAUUAAUGAAAAAGUUGCUCGAGUAUAUAAUCCAAAUUUAAUAAUGGUACAACAUCGUUUAAGAAGUGAUACUGUAUCAUUACAAGGAUAUUUUUAUGCUUUAGCCAUAAAACUUGAAUUAUCACAUGGCGUAACUGUAAUUGUCUAUGCAUCAGCAAAUAUAAAUGAUCACAACAGGUUAAACCAAAAACCACAUAGAAACCCUGUAUUAGAAGAUACAGAGUCAUUCACAGCUGAAAUAGACUCUGAAAGUGAUAUUAGAAAUGGACAAAUCACAAAAUUUUUUGUUAACAUAUCUGGAUAUCUCAUUAAAAAAAAAGACAACUAUGUUGAUCUUACCUACCUCAAUUCUAUGGAUUGUCUUGAUUACAAUGCCCCCGCAUUCAUUAUUGACAUAAUUGAAGUAGCAAAACACUUCUUUCUUAUGAGAUUAAGAGAUGAUAUUGUUACGAAAUAA